AUGUUGGCAACUAAGAUUGGAAAACCAAUGAUGUUAGAUGCAUAUACAAGCUCAAUGUGUAUAGAAUCAUGGGGUCGUAAUAGUUAUGUACGUGCCCUUAUUGAGUUAGACUCAGAACAUGAUAUUAGAAAGGAACUCACUAUUGGCAUACCAGAUAUGGUUGGAGAUGGGAUUUCAAGAGUGGUUAUUAAAGUUGAAUAUGAAUGGCAGCCUCCACGUUGUGCUACAUGUAAAAUUUUUGGUCAUUGUGAUGAACAGUAUCCCAAGCUGAUUAAAAACACUGCACAGGCUGUUAAUGAAAAUGUUAAUAAGGAUGGCUUUGUGACAUCAAACGGGUCAAAAGUCACGGAUGUUACAGCAACAACGAGUGAAAACACAGGAAGUUUAGGGGCAAGUCCAACUAAUCAGAAUAAAGGUAGCCAAGAUGCCCCUUUAAAGAAUUCAUAUGGUGCUCUAUCAGGUGACGAGGGGAAUGGCAUGCCAUCUAAUACUCCUAAGGAGCCAACUGAUGAGAAUGAUGUAAUAAAUACCUACAAUGAAACCGCUGAAUAUAUGGUUAACUCUGAGGGGGGGUCUCGAAUCAUUUUGGGUUGGGAUCCUUGUAUUGUGGAUGUAAUGGUGUUAUCUGCAACAGAUCAAGUAAUUCACAAACAAAUCUAUUAUAAGAUUGAUAAAAAGGCUAUGCUAUGCUCGUUUGUAUAUGCUCAUAAUUCCUAUCUUGACAGAAGGGAGCUAUGGUCGCUUUCAUCACAAGAUUAUGCAACUGGUACUUCUAGAAUAGAUAUCACAAUGGGGGAGUUUAAAGAUUGUGUUGAUGAGCUUGAGAUUGCUGAUGUUAACAGUUCGGGUCUUCAGUUUACAUGGACUCAAAAGCCGAAAGGAAAGGAUGGUACUCAUGCGAUGUUUCAGCCUUACAGAACUUCCUAUCAUGCACCUGCCAUUUUAUGUUUCCCCACGGCUGCAAAUCGCAAACAGAAACCAUUUCAGUUUUCAAACGUUCUUGUGCAUCACUCAAAAUUUCAACAGGUGGUUUCAAAGUUUUUGCGUUCCGAGUUAGAUGCUGCUCAACGUGAUUUAGACAAGAACCCGUCAAAUGUCCAACUCAGAGAAGAACAUGCAGCCUACUUACAAGCCUUUAAUGAUGUCGUGAUUGAUGAAGAAAGAUUUCUGAAGCAAAAGGCAAAAGUAAAUUGCCUGCGUGUUGGAGAUUCAAAUACGACCUAUUUCCACAUGGUCGUGAAAGCGCGUAGGUCCAUAAAUAGAAUUGAUUCAGUUUUGGACUCUCAUGGUAACAGGGUUGAAGGUGACGCUCUUAUUUCUGCAUUUGUGGCACACUACAAAGCAUUUUUGGGCUCCCCUGGGGUGACUUCGUUGCUUAAUACAAAUGACUUAUUCACCAAGAGAUUAUCUUCUGAACAGGUGAGUUCAAUGAUAAAGGAUGUGUCUGCAGAUGAGAUAAAACAGGCGUUAUUUGACAUUGGAGACGAUAAGGCCCCAGGACCGGAUGGUUUCACGGCUGCUUUCUUUAAAUCAGCAUGGGAUAUUGUUGGUGCUGAUGUCAUUGGAGCAGUCCAAGAUUUCUUUUCGAGUGGGAAAGUUCUGAAAGAGGUGAAUCACACUAUAAUCUCAUUACUUGCUAAGGUAGCCUCUCCUACUCUUAUAACUGAUUUCAGACCGAUUGCCCUUUGUAACGUGAUUUUUAAAUGCGUUACAAAAGUCCUUGCGAACAGAAUAAAGGGUUGUUUAUCGGACAUUGUUUGUUCUAAUCAGUCAGCGUUUAUCCCUGGGCGGAGUAUUUCAGAUAACAUCCUGCUCACUCAGGAACUCAUGCAUAAUUACCACCUAGACAAUGACAUCAGAACUUUCCCACUCGAAAAGAAAUCUUGGACUGCUCCAAUGACAUCAAAGUGGAUGUUCAAAAAGCUUACGAUACGAUGGAUUGGAGAUUCCUAA